AUUAUAAAUAUUCUUAAAUAUCCCUAAUCCCCACCUUGGGUAGUAAUUGCAAGCUUUUCUUUCUUAUUUUUCCCUUUUCCUCGUAAACUUACCAGAGGUUACUAUCCGACACGACAGCGUCAACACCAACUACAAAUACGACACGGUUCGCCCUAUAGCUUGAUUUUAACGUACAUACAUACCGUACACACUGCAUUAAAGAGAACCACUCUUUCGUUUUAAUAAAGUAACUAUUUUUUUUUCAUAGUAAAAAUUUUUUGCACCCAUGCAAUUAUCCAAACUACUUUCCAUCGCAGCCGUGGCAAUAUCCCUGGUUAAUGCCUUGGCUAUCCCUGACUUUCUUUUGAAGAAUGAUAAUUUGAAAAUGCUCACCAAGAAAAGUGGUGGAUGGGAUUAUGGCAAUGAUAUAAUGAGAGGGGUUAAUCUUGGAGGUUGGUUUGUGUUGGAAGCCUACAUUACUCCAUCCUUGUUUCAACCUUGGGUUGGUGCAAACGGAGACCAGCUGCAAGUUCCAGUUGAUGAAUACCAUUUCACCGAGGUUUUAGGAAAGGAUUUGGCCCUUCAAAGAUUAAAUCAACAUUGGUCAUCUUGGUACAUUGAAGAUGAUUUUAAACAAAUGAGUGAAUUGGGAUUGAAUAUGGUGAGAAUCCCAAUCGGGUAUUGGGCUUUUGAUUUGUUAGAAGGUGAUCCUUAUGUUCAAGGUCAAGUUGAAUACUUGGACCAAGCAAUUGGUUGGUGUAGAAAGUAUGGUUUGAGUGUUUGGAUUGAUUUACACGGUGCACCAGGAUCCCAGAACGGGUUUGAUAAUUCUGGUUUGAGAGAUUCUCUUCAAUUCCAAGAUGGUGACAACACUCAAUUCACCAUUAAUUUACUUAACAAUGUCUUUUCCAAGUAUGGUUCCGACCAAUUUUCUGAUGUUGUCAUUGGUAUUGAAUUAUUGAAUGAACCAUUGGGUCCUAACAUGGAUAUGGAUUACUUGAAGACUUUCUAUUCUACCUGUUACAACAACUUGCGUGAUGUUUCCAACUCUCCAGUGGUUAUUCAUGACGCAUUUAUGCCAUCGGGAUACUGGAAUGAUUUCAUGACUGUUGAAUCUGGUCAAGACAAUGUUAUCGUUGAUCACCACUACUACCAAGUCUUCUCUGCUGGUGAAUUGUCCCGUGAUAUCAAUGCACAUAUCUCCGUUGCUUGUGGCUGGGGAUCCUCGGCUAAGCAAGAGUACCAUUGGAACAUUGCCGGUGAAUGGUCUGCCGCCUUGACUGAUUGUGCUCCAUGGUUGAAUGGUGUCAAUAGAGGUGCUCGUUGGGAAGGUCAAUACGAUGGAUCUCCAUACAUGGGUUCCUGUCAACCAUACUUGGACAUUAGUCAAUGGCCAAGCGAUUAUAAUACUAAUGUCCGUAAGUAUAUUGAAGCUCAAUUGGAUGCAUUUGAACAUGUUGGUGGGUGGAUCUUCUGGAAUUGGAAGACUGAAAGUGCCGGUGAAUGGGAUUUCCAAAGAUUGACUUACUACAAGUUGUUCCCACAACCUUUGUCCGACAGACAAUACCCUGGCCAAUGUGGAUUUUAAGCAGGUGUUGUCUAUUGCAUAAAUUUCAUUUCUUGUUUUCGGUUUAUAUUCUUGCGUAUAUAGGUAAACUUAAUCUAAAAAAUUAAUAUGGAAACCUAAAUGGUUAACUUCUUGAACAAGGGUUCCAAUUCAAGUGAAUCUUUCAUCACCUUGACUAAAACAUCAGCAGCGUGUUGAUAGUCGCUCAAUUCGUUGUACACAUGACAUGAGAAUCUAGCGUAUAAUUUCCCGUUAUGAACAACACAAGGAAUGAAUGACUUGUGGACAUCAAUAGAUGGAGUAUACACGGUUUGAUCAAAUCUAGUCCAAUUGGCCUUGAUGGCAGCAACGUCAAUUCCAAGUGAUUCACAAGGUACUUCAACAUUGACCAUAGCACUGAUCAAGUUUUCCUGAUCUAAAUAAGAAGUACCCCAUUGUUUGGAAAUAACUUCACCAACUUGCUUAGCUAACGAAUUACAGUAUUUGUAAAUGGUCUCUUCACCACCACACACUUCGUUUCUAAACUUUAUAGCAUCAGAAAUCACACUAACAGAUGCAUAAUUUUUGGCACCAAUAAAGGAAAAUCUAUCAAUUAAACGAUUGAGUUCUUGUUCCUCGGAUAAUUUCACAUCAUCUUGAACAUAAGAAUGACUGAUUGGCAUGGUGUGGAUCUUAUGGUGUUGUUUGGCAUCAACGUACAUUAAUGCACAAGCGGUAGGGACAAAGAACCACUUAUGCAAGUUGCUAACAUAGAAAUCUGGGGCGAUUUCUGACAAGUCUUGUGGAAUGCAUCCGAUACCGUGAGCACCGUCAAUCAACGAAACCACAUCGUAUUUCUUACAUAAAUUGACCAAUUGCUUGAAAGGGAAGAUGACUCCCGGCAUGGAAGAAAUAGUAUCGAAUAAACACAUAGUAGGCUUCUCUUCUUUGAACACCUUUUCAAAUUUUUGUAAAAUUUCAUCAUCGGAAAUAGGAUAGUUUACUUCAAUUUCAACGUACUCAACGCCGUAUCUAUAAUUCAAGAACUUAACAACGUUGUAACAGGAACCAUAAACAUUGGAUUGCAUGACAAUCUUGUCACCUUUCUUGAAUGGAUAACUUCUCAAAAUGGUAUUGACACCCGUGGUGGCAUUAUCGACAAGGGCCAAGUUAUGGUAAUCACAAUUGACAACUUCACUUAAUUGCUUCAAAGCGUCGGUGUACUUGUCACGGAUGUCAUGGAAGAAUUUGUCGGUGUAGUGGUACUGUUCUCCACUUGCUUGUUUGAAUUUUUGGAUGACAGGAUCAGGUGCUUGUCCCCAGGAUCCGUGGUUCACAGGGUAUACUUCUGGAUCAAUUGAGGUGAAGUACUUUUCCCGGAAUUGUUUACCGAAUUUUUCAGUCAUGUUUAGUUAAUGUUUAUCAAAUCUAUGUAAAGUUCCUGCUGAUUGACAAGGUUUAUAUAGUGGAUAAACUGACUC